CACAGUGGACGACCAACAACCGUUAUUCAAUCGACACAGCAUAGGAUAAAAUAGAAUUGUAUGAAAUAUAACAUUUGUGCAGCAGUUUCUGGGCGUGUUUUUUUUUUUUUUUGGAGGCGUUGAUCGAAAGAAAGACUUACAAAAUGUACCUUUUAUAUAGGAAUAGAGCACUAUUGCCUAUAGGUUGAGGAUUAUCCGAAGUGCUGAAGGCUGCCCCCCGCACGAACAAAGCCAUAGGAGUUUAUUUAACGUUAUACUUGGAAAUAAAUCUAUGUUGACGAAAAGCAAGGAUGACAGGAAACCAUUACAAAGGCCAUGAAGUCAGUUGCUGCAUCAAAUAUUUUAUUUUCGGAUUCAACAUAAUAUUUUGGUUGCUAGGGGUGGCCUUCCUUGGAAUUGGACUAUGGGCCUGGGGAGAGAAGGGCGUUCUGUCCAACAUCUCCUCCAUCACAGACAUGGGGGGGCUGGACCCCGUCUGGCUGUUUGUGGUGGUUGGAGGAGUGAUGUUCAUUCUAGGGUUCGCCGGCUGCAUCGGUGCUUUGAGGGAAAACACCUUUCUGCUCAAGUUUUUCUCAGUGUUCCUGGGAAUUAUCUUCUUCCUGGAGUUGACCGCGGGAGUCCUGGCCUUUGUCUUUAAGGACUGGAUCAAGGACCAACUUAACUUUUUUAUUAACAAUAACAUCAGAGCUUACCGAGAUGACAUCGACCUUCAGAACCUUAUUGACUUCACUCAAGACUAUUGGGAUUGUUGCGGUGCCUUUGGGGCUGAUGAUUGGAACCUGAAUAUUUACUUCAACUGUACUGAUGGGAACCCCAGCAGGGAGAAGUGUGGCGUGCCUUUCUCCUGCUGUACCAAAGACCCUGCGGAGGAUGUCAUAAACACCCAGUGUGGCUAUGACAUCAGAGCUAAAGGGGAUGCAGAGCAGAAGGCCUACAUUAACAUCAAAGGCUGUGUGCCGCAGUUUGAGAAAUGGUUCCAGGACAACCUUACGGUGGUGGCAGGCAUCUUCAUAGGAAUUGCUCUGCUACAGAUUUUUGGAAUAUGUUUGGCACAAAACUUAGUGAGUGACAUUGAAGCUGUGAGAGCAAGUUGGGUGCCCCCUUCUCUCGCCCUGCGCCGACCCCCACCUUACGCCAGCAAGAAAGCACCCGCAUACUACUCAUGAGGGACUCGUCUGGGUUUAUAUGGCUGUUUCUUCACCUGAUGUUGCCACAACCUUCACUGUGGACCCAACAGGUUUCGUAGCAUGUGUGCCCCUGCCUCGGAAGCUGUGGACGUGUGUAAUAGCUAGCUCAGAGCUUGAAACGUUAGCUUGCUCAGAGGAGGAGGCCCUCUGCACCUUACUCAGCUGGGAACAGCACAUUGUAAUACUUUUUCAAGGGCAUUCCACUUUGUAAAUGCACUGCCAGCCUGUCAGAACGACACAUUAAUGUUUGGUGUGUCUUUUUUUCGUCAUAUUAUUUAUGGUUAUAAGUUGUAGCGUAACACUGAGUAAAGCGUCAAGCUAAAUGUAAUUGUUUUUAAAUUUGUUUGUAAAAUGUGGAGUGGGAUUACUCUAUGCUGAACUGAACUCUCAUUCCACCACCGGUUGUUGUGACACACAAAUGGGCAUUAAUGAUUUCCUAUAGUAUUAUUCAUUAAGUUUGGGCUGAAAAGUAUUGUUUUAACAUUUGUAA